CUGGUCCUGCGUGACGUCGUUGGCCGCUGGCGCUGUCCGUCAGUGUGUGGGGGAGGCGGGGCCUGGUCGCCGGUCACGUGAGGCGGGGCCGGUGCGUUGUCGCCGCCGUCGGGACGAGGCCUCCGGUCAGCGCCGGGGAGGAGCUCAGGGUUCGUGUGGUUUAGACGGUGGCGGUGAGAUCGUGCGGAGGUCGGCUAUCCGCUGCCGGGAUGGAGGCGGAGGACGGCGAGCGAGUGGUGGAGGACGGCGAGCGAGUGGUGGAGGACGGCGAGCGAGUGGCGGAGGACGGAGAGCUAGUGGCGGAGGACGGAGAGCGAGAGGCGGAGGACGGCGAGCGAGUGGCGGAGGACGAGGACCAACCGGCCGUAGCCGAGAGCGAGGAGCAGUCGGACGCAGGAGUGCUGGAGGCAGAGGGCGGGGAGAGUGGCGGCGCGGCGAUGGCGGCAGCGGCCCACAUCUGCUCGGUGUGCGGUCGCAGCUUCGAGCAGCCGGAGGAGCUGGCGGCCCACGCGGCGGAGCACGGCGGGGAGGUGCGGUACGAGUGCGAGGUGUGCGGCGAGUGGUGGCUGUACCCCCGGCUGCUGGAGGCCCACCGCCGUAUACACACCGGCGAGACUCCCUACGCCUGCACCCUGUGCGGCAAGGGCUUCACCCGCUCUGGCAACCUGCUGGCCCACCAGCGGGUACACACCGGCGAGCGCCCCUUCCCCUGCCCGCAGUGCGGCAAGGCGUUCAAGACCUCGCAGCACCUGAAGGAGCACUGGCGGGCACGCCGCUGCGCCGGCCCCGGCCCCGUCCUGCCCGCCCGCAUCACCCACCGCUGCACCGACUGCGGCAAGGACUUCCGCAGCGCCGACGAGCUGGAGGACCACCGCGGCGCCCACACCGGCGAGCGGCCCUUCGCCUGCCCCGUCUGCGGCAAAGCCUUCCCGCAGGCGUCCGGCCUCCGGCGACACCGUAUCGUCCACACUGGCGAGAAGCCCUUCACCUGCUCCGUCUGCGGCAAGAGCUACAGCCAGUCGUCCAGCCUGGUGGCCCACCUCACCGUCCACACCGGCGAGUGCCCCUAUUCCUGCCCCGACUGCGGCAAGGGCUUCACCCGCCUCUCCCACCUCAGCCAGCACCGGCGGGUACACACCGGAGAGAGACCCUUUGUCUGCGCCCAGUGCGGCAAAGGCUUCACCCACUCGUCCAGCCUCCUGCGGCACGGGCGCGUCCACUCCGGGGAACGUCCCUUCGCCUGCCCCCUCUGUGGCCUGGAGUUCUCACAGUCCUCCCACCUCCGCCGACACCUGCCCGCCCACACCGGCACCAAGCCCUUCGUCUGCUCCGAGUGCGGCAAGGGCUUCACCGAAUCCUCCAACCUGCUGAGGCACCGGCAGAUCCACACCGGCGAGCGACCGUACAAGUGCGGGGACUGCGGGAGGGCCUUCAACUACCCGUCGGAGCUGGCCAUCCACCGGCGCAGCCACACCCGUGAGCGCCCCUUCGUCUGCGCCCAGUGCGGCAAGGGCUUCAUCUACUCCUCCAACCUGCUGACCCACCAGCGCGGGCACACCGGCGAGCGCCCCUUCUCCUGCCCGCUGUGCGGCAAGGCCUUCGCCCGCUCCUCCAGCCUGGCCGCCCACCAGCGGGUCCACUCCGACGAGCGGCCCUACCCGUGCCCCGAGUGCGGGCGCCCCUUCAAGAGCGCCAAGGAGCUGAAGAUCCACCGGCGCCUGCACGCCGGGGAGCGCCCCUUCCCGUGCCACGAGUGCGGCAAGGGCUUCACCCAGCUGUCGGUGCUGCUGGAUCACCGGCGCACCCACACCGGCGAGCGGCCCUUCGCCUGCGGCGAGUGCGGCAAGGCCUUCGCACGGUCGUCCAGCCUGGCGGCGCACGGCGGCGUACACUCCGAGGAGCGGCCCUACCCGUGCGGGCUGUGCGGCAAGCGGUUCAAGAGCUCGCGGGAGCUGAAGACCCACGGCCAAGUCCACUCCGAGGAGCGGCCCUUCCCGUGCGAGGUGUGCGGCGAGCACUUCCGGCAGGCCCGCAACCUGCUAGCCCACCGUCGCACCCACACCGGCGAGCGCCCCUUCUCCUGCCCGCUCUGCUCCAAGGCCUUCGCCCGCUCCUCCAGCCUGCUGGCCCACCAGCGGGUCCACUCCAACGAGCGCCCCUUCCCCUGCCCCCUCUGCUCCAAGCGCUUCAAGAGCGCCCGCGAGCUGGCCACCCACCGGCGGGUUCACACCGGCGAGCGCCCGUACGCCUGCCCCGCUUGCCCACGCCGCUUCGCCCAGCCCUCCAUCCUGCAGACCCACCGGCGCACCCACACCGGGGAGCGCCCCUACGCCUGCACCGCCUGCCCCCGACGUUUCAUCUGCUCCUCCAGCCUCCUCAACCACCGGCGCACCCACACCCGCGAACGGCCCUACGCCUGCACCGUCUGCGGCAAGACAUUCCGCCAGGCCGCAAACCUGCAGAGUCACCGGCGGACACACCUCUGACACCAGGACACCGGGCGGCACUGUCCCUGUCCCCACCCUCAUGUCCCUGUCCCCACCCUCCAACCACACAGCCCCAUACCCCACACACCCCCACCCCCACACACCACCCCCACCCCCCAGGAUCGGAGACUGCGACGUGGGGAGGAGGCUGGAGGCAGGGCGACACGAAAGCCCCGGGAGCUGGAGCGGGGAAAACCCAGACUGGGAUCAGAGAGUCCUGUGCGGAUACAAGAUGGAGAUCUCGGUUUCCGAAGAAGGGUCUCGACCCCGAAAACGUCAGCCCAUUUGCUUCUCUCCGGAGGCGCUGCCUGUCCCGCUGAGUUACUCCGGCAUUUUUGUGUCCCCUGGAGCCGGUGACUGGAGCCCGUCUCCGAACCGGAGAUCCCGGAGCUCGGAGCGUGUUGCCAGAGUCCGGAGCGUCCAGAUUUGGUUCUGCCGUCUCCCGUGGGGGAGGGGGAGG